AUGGCUCCUAAUCCGAGGCCCAAGUUGCGUGUUCCAUUCUUCAUGUUACUGCUGAUGCUUGUUUCCUUUGGUUGUUCCAACGCUGAAUGGGAACAGAAGCCCGGAGCUGCUAUACAUAAGAAUGUGAUUGAUGGCUCUGGUGUGGAGAAUUCCCUCAAGUUCGAGGAAAUCAAUGGCAGAAAAGGUGGUGGCAGUAGUAGAGUUUCGGUUUCCACGGUUGCAUUGUUCACAUUAGCAAUGGCAGCUGCCACUGGUUUAGGUGCUGUUCCCUUCUUCUUUGUGGAGCUUGAUCCACAAUGGGCAGGGUUGUGUAAUGGAAUGGCAGCUGGUGUCAUGUUGGCUGCAAGCUUCGAUCUCAUACAGGAAGGUCAAUAUUAUGGUGCUGGAAAUUGGGUUGUCAUUGGGAUUCUAGCUGGUGGCAUCUUUAUUUGGUUCUGUAAGAAGCUUCUUGAGCAAUAUGAGGAAGUAAGCAUGUUGGAUAUAAAGGGUGCUGAUGCAACCAAAGUUGUUCUUGUAAUUGGAAUAAUGACUCUACAUUCUUUUGGGGAAGGAUCUGGGGUUGGGGUCUCCUUUGCUGGUUCAAAGGGUUUCUCUCAAGGCUUAUUGGUAACUUUGGCUAUUGCUGUACAUAACAUUCCAGAGGGAUUGGCUGUGAGCAUGGUGCUGGCAUCAAGGGGUGUCUCUCCACAGAAUGCUAUGUUGUGGAGCAUUAUUACAUCGUUACCUCAGCCAAUUGUAGCCGUUCCUUCAUUUAUUUGUGCUGAUGCAUUCAGUAAGUUCCUGCCUUUUUGUACUGGGUUCGCUGCUGGAUGCAUGAUCUGGAUGGUUGUUGCAGAAGUGCUUCCUGAUGCAUUCAAGGAAGCCUCUGCUUCUCAAGUUGCAUCGGCUGCAACACUUUCAGUAGCAUCUAUGGAAGCUCUAAGCACCCUUUUUCAGAAUUUCUACCGUGACUACAGCUCUCAGGAUGCUUCUGGCUUCUUUGUUUCAUUACUUUUUGGGCUUGGCCCAUUACUUGGUGGUAUUAUUCUGGUUGUAUUUGCUCUUGCACUUCGUCUUCCGCAUGCUCUCCUGAUGGGCAUAGCAUGUGGUAUUGCCUUUGUUCUUGGUGCCUGGCGACCAGUGCAGCUUAUUUUGUCUUCAAAGUUAGGAUUUUUUCCUGUUGUGUUACUCCUUGCAAUGGGUGCUGCUUUCAUCCAUGUUUCCAGCUCUGGUGUACUGAAGGUGGCAGCACGCAAGAAAACCUCGGCCACUGACUUGCCUACUCUUAUAGGCUUCCCAGUGAGUGUUCAAACCCUUCAAUCAUUCAUAUUAUGCGGUGCUGUUGCUCUACAUGCUUUGGCUGAAGGACUUGCACUGGGAGUAGCUGCACCAAAAGCUUAUGGAUUUGGUCGUCACAUCGUCCUUCCAGUCUCUCUACAUGGUCUCCCUCGAGGUGCUGCUGUUGCUAGCUGCAUCUAUGGUUCUACUGAUAGUUGGCAUGGUUCUCUUGCAACAGCUGCCAUAAUUGGAUUUAUGGGUCCUAUAGCAGCAAUUGGAUCUAUUCUUGCUGGGAUUGAUUACAGUGGCCUUGAUCACAUAAUGGUCCUGGCUUCUGGUGGAAUAAUUCUAAGUUUUGGAAAUGUAUUUAAUAGAGCACUUAGCUUGGACAAGAAAAAGAGCACAUGUGGCCUCGUUAUGGGAAUUGGGUUUGCUACCUUAUGCCUAAUGUUCACUAAAUUAGUUUGCUUAAACACACCUUACUGCAAUUCUGCACCAGAGGCUGUCAGAUAA